AUGGAAAUAUUAUUUAGACCAAGCUUAUUUAACCGGCUUUUUCGAAAACCUCUAAGAAUUCCUGCUUAUAAAAGUAUGUCUAAUACGGUAAUGAAAGAAGAAUUCAGCCCGGAACUAUUAAAUUCUUUUAAUCGGGAUAUCAAAGCUGGUGGUGCUGUACCAGUAUUCAGGAGGGCCUUACUGUUCCCAAGCCGUAUUGCAUUGCAAGAUGAAUGUGGGUCUUACACUUAUGCCACCCUGUAUCAAGCAGCUGCUGCCCUCAGUAAAGAUAUUGCAGCAGAAUUAUUGGGUGAGAGAGAACGGACUAUAUCAUACAUGUGUGGCAAUGACGCAUCUCACGUAAUAGUGCAGUGGGCUAUAUGGAUGUCUGGUAACAUUGCCGUUCCCCUAACACCGAUCCAUCCUGAGGAAAUGCUCAAAUACUUCAUAGGUGACAGUGGAUCCAAUUUGAUCAUCUGCUCACAAGACUAUGAGAAAAUUCUCCGUCCCAUAGCCGAGAGCUUAUCCAAACCCUUGAUUACCACAACCAGAGCUGAUGAGAAGGUGGACCUGAACCCAGAAGCAUUGAAUGAAGUUGGUCAAUCGAAUACUUGGUAUGGCGACUCGGAUGCUAUGCUUAUUUAUACAAGUGGCACUACGAGCAAGCCCAAGGGAGUGGUCUGGACGCACAGCAUGCUCAGUCACCAGAUAUGCGCCCUUCACUCCGCCUGGCAGUACUCUGCUCAGGAUGUGGUGCUGCACACUCUCCCUCUGCAUCACAUUCAUGGACAGCUUAACUCCUUGAAUGCUACCCUCGCUGCUGGAGCCAGGAUCCGAAUGCUCCCAUCAUUCUCAUCUCCAACGGUAUGGGCUCGAUUGCUGAGCAGCGGAGACCGUGAGGAUCCACCCAUAAGGGUAUUCCAUGGUGUGCCAGCAAUGUAUACUCGCCUCGCCAAUGACUAUGAUAAGAUGUUCGAAGAUAACAAGACCAGGCUGUACGUGAGGAGCACACUGUCCAGGAUGAGGCUCAUGUGUGCUGGGUCUGCGCCCCUGCCUGAGGCCUUGUUUAAGAAAUGGGAGGAGAUAUCUGGUAUCAGGUUAUUGGAGCGCUACGGCAUGUCAGAAGUGGGUAUGGCACUCAGCAAUCCCUAUAGGCCGGUGGAGGGCAGGAUGGUAGGGUGCGUGGGGUUUCCCCUGCCGGGGGUCAACGCUGCACUAGCUGAGUCUUCGGAACAAGGGUUGAAGAAAAUUGUCACUGUUGAAUCUGAUAUGCCAGAUUUACAGGUAUCAUUAGAGAGAUUAGGUCUUUCAACGGAAAAAUUAGUAGAAGAUACAGACUGGAAAGUCACGGUCAAAGAGGUCGAGCCCAACGAGCAGGGGGUGUAUGAGGGAGAGCUUUUACUGAAGGGGCCUGCUGUGUUUACGAGAUAUUGGAACCGUGCACCAAAACCUGAUUCCGAAGACUUCACCCCCGAUGGCUGGUUCCGCACAGGAGAUGUGGCCGAGUUCUCUAAUGGAAAAUUUAAAAUUCUAGGCAGAAUUUCAGUGGACAUUAUAAAAACAGGCGGUUACAAAGUGAGUGCUUUACAAGUAGAGGCCGCCAUCUUGGAACACCCGAAUGUUCUAGACGUAGCUGUUGUAGGCAUAGUCGAUGAUAGUUUUGGAGAAAUUGUGGCGUGUGUAAUCGUUCUGAAGGAUAAAACGACCUUGACCUUAAAGGAGUUAAAGGAUGUAGCAGGAAAGAAAUUGGCUCCGUACCAACUGCCCAAAACGAUGUUGUUUUUAGACGAAAUGCCCCGAAAUGCUAUGGGUAAGUUAGACAAAAAGCUCAUCAAGCAAAAAUUCGGCGAUAAAUUGGUUUUAAAAAAGGCG